AUCAAAGAGAAAAAAAAAAAGGUACAAUUUUUAUUAAAAAAUCGAUGAAUCAAUAAACUAUAGUAAUGAGAAUACUCCAUGUUCCAUCAAAUUACUACAUUAACCAUAAAGAUAUCGGUGAUCCAAAAGAUUGCCAUUAUCCGUAUUGUCCCCAUUGUAUAUAUACAUCCAACACGAAAUAAAAAAAAAAGUUGUGACAAAAGAAUGUUUUUUUUGUUGCCUUGUUGAUUCCAUUGACUUGCCCAGAAAACAUCAUAACACUUUUCAAUCAGGUGCAAAAUUCAGCCUAUCGACAUAUCGGCAGAUCAUACCUAAUGAUAACAUCAUCUCUGUUGAUUUUGGAAUAUCACGAUGAUCAUCAGGGUCAUUAUCAUCAUCAUUAUCGUUGUUGUUGUCACUUCGCUAUCAGAAUCCGCCAAUAAUCUUCAUGCUACAUCAAUCUUGAAUCUAUGGAUGUUGAUGAAUAUUCUCGUAGUCAUUGAUCAUAUGCUGAUAUUGGUCGAUUCCAUUAUAUAAAUAUUUUCCAUCUUUGUUGCAGCCAUGAACUUGCGCCACGUGUACAUAUCUACCUUCUUUUGCACUCUACAUCUUGAGGCCUCGAAAUAUAACCAAUUCAAUGUCCAACCAGAAUAGUAUCCAUAGAUACCAACCGAGACUUUAACGCGAUUUAGUACUUGAUAUCCACUCCUUGUACGUCAAUCAAUGUAUUUGCUUCCAACCAAUCAUGUAGCACUUGUUCAUAAUGCAACUUGUGAACAUAAUUCUCAAAAGUCACGUCAAUCGUCAUUGCAACUAGAUCCUCGUGUCUUAUAAAUAUCAAUACUGCAGGGAGGAAAUGGUUUUGUUUGAUUAAAAGGCGGCAAAAAGG